AUGCCGCCGAGAGCGAACACGAAGACGCCGCUCGACAAGCGACUGUCUGCCAACGCUGGCAAGGAGGAGAUGUCGAACUGGAACAUAGCCGAGCUGAAGCAGAAUCUGCAGGAGGACAGUGCCAUCCUCGAACAGACCCUCCGAGAGGCGAACAGGCUGCUGGGCGACUCAACAGGGUCGCCGCUGAUCGACGUCGGGGGGAUAGUGAACAAGGAUGUUGCGGCAAGGAAGCUGAGGAACGCUUCUGACUGGGGUGACGAUCAUGCUCACCAUAGAGAAGAUUUCAGCUCCGGUACCUUCAUGACUGAGCUGGACACCAGCUCGGUAGCAAGCGCCCCAACGGUCGUGGGCGGUGCCAAGGUGACGAUGUCGGAGGAGCUCGCGCUGAGACUCUCGGUGCUGGAGCAGGCGAUAGGGAAGGAGGCAGUGAAGGUGCUGCAGAGCUGUGUGCAGUCGGACCUGGACCAGGUAGCGAAGACGGUGAAGCAGCAGAGCUCGAGCAAGGAUGGGGGGCGGCAGACGUCGGAAGUGAGCGAGACGAUCGCGGAACUGGAAGGCAGGAUCGUGGAGGAAGAGGCCUUGAAGCUGUCAGCCCUAGAGCAAGUGAACGCGCUCAAGGAGAACCUGAGGAUGCAGAACACGAGGGUGCUGGAGCUACAGGACAAGCUCGCGCUGCUCGACUCGACGAGCCAGGAGGGGGGGGAACUGCUCAAGAAGAAGGAGACGGAGAUCAAGAGUCUUAAAGAGGAGCUGCUGGCCGUGCAGCACAAGACAAGGAUGGAAGAGAACGAGAGGUUGAAGCUGGUUGACAGGCUGAGGAAGAAGGACGUGGAGAUGGCAAAGACGAAGGAGUCGAUGGACAAGAUGACGAUGCAGCUGCAGAGGUUGGCGGAGGAGAGGGACAGCAUGCAUGCCCAGUUCGACGAGCUGCAGAGGCGCUACCAGGACGCGCAGCUCCGUUGCUCGAACCUUCAGCAGGACCUCGACAAGCAUCAGAGCGCAGAGAGAGUGCUCAAGAGGAAUUUACAGCUCCAGAUGCCUGAGGAGGUGAAGAGAGUCGUCAAGAGGGUCGAGGAGCUGGACAAGCAGAACAGGGAGCUGCAGGAGAAGCUGAAGCAGAGCAAGGACCACGAGAACCAUGCGGACAUGCUGCGGAAGAACAGGAUCGAGAUCACCGAGUUGAGAGUGUCCAACAAGACUCUGUCCGCCAAGGUUGAUGAGCUGAAGAAGGAGAAGGAGCUGCUGGAGAAGAAGUCGGAGAGCGAGCGGAGGCUGCUGGAAAACAGGACCCGCAACUUGUUCGACCUCAAUGUCAAGAGCACGCAGAAGCUGCAGGGAGAGCUGGACCUGAGGAUAGCGGAGAGGCUGCAUAACCGAUCGGCCGACAAUGAGGUCGCGUCGUUGAGGAGGAGAAACCUGGAGUUGCUGGGGCAGAUCAACGCCCUUGACGAGCAGAAGAUGGCGGCUGAGAACAAGCUCAGGGAUGCAGAGAGGAAGAGCAGGGAACUCAAGGACAAGCUCGAGCUGUACGCCACGAUCCACCGGAUCGACUUGGGGAAGUUGCAGUUCUCCUCUGAUCUCAACACUGAGGAGGAGCUUUCUGCGUUCCUCGGCGACUCCUCCGCGUCCUCCCAGGGCAGGAAGAAGAAGAUCCGCACGCAGAGCAGGAGCGUCACGCCCGGCCUGUUUUCUCGCCCUCCUCCCUCCGCCGAAGACCAGAAGCGCUCUCAGAGCGCACAGCCGGGAGGAGGAAACUGGAGCGGAGCCGCGGCUGAGAUGUCGACGACAACUGGGGAGCAAGUGAGGGCUUCGGCGAGGAUGGAGGCGGAGGAGGAGAGCUUGGAGGGGCUGAAGGCGAAGGUGGCACAGCUGCAGGCGAAGCUGACGGGAGAGGAGAAGACGAAGACGAACGCGCAGGAGAAGGUCAUUGCGCUAGCUGAGCAGCUGGUGGAGAAGGAUCGGCAGAUCACUGCUUUACAGAGCUCGCUUGAUGCUGAGAAGGAGACAAAGAAAAAGAAGAAGAAGAGCGAGAGGCUGAGAGACCUUGAGGGGCAGGUUCUGUCCCUCAUUACUAAGGUGAGGGAGACGGAGAUGGAUAAGGACCAGGUGGAGAUCAAACUCAACGAGAAGGAGGAAGAGACCAAGGUCAAGGCCCGUAAGAUCGGCGAGCUGAUCUUCAAAGCUGCACGACAAACGAAACCUGAGGCGGACCCCAAGAGCUCGACGAUGCCGCCCCGGGUCAUACGGGAGGAGAGCCUGGGGGCGGGGAGAAUGAAGAUAAGCUCUUCGUUGAACCGACCGCUCAAGGAGGAAACCUUCUCCGCCACCAUGGACAGGGAUAGGAGCGAAGAUAUCAAGACAUGA